AUGUUCCCUACGAAAAGGGUGGCAUAUGCCGCUGAAAAUGGCGGCAGAAUACCCCCUCAUGCACGGCUGAGCAAGACUGAGCCCCACCCUGAACAAAUCCAACAGGCCCAUGAGCUCGCUCUGAGCCAACAGGGUCUGAAAAUGGGCCUAAUCAGCUUGUGGGAAUUUUCGGACCACAAUCUUCCAUGGCUUAGCUCCUUGAACCCGUGCCGGCAAUACUGUCUUCCUGCCGCCUGGCUCUCAGACUCGCUUACCACCGCUUCCACUGUUAUCAUUCUUUGGCACUUGUGUUGGUCUGCAUUUCAUGCCAUGUUGGCCUUGCUGAUUCUUCUUCAGAAUUUCAUCACGGGGGAGUUAAUUUUGGACAAUCUCGCCAAGAGAAGGGACCAGCAGAGACUGUAUCAGGCAUUGAUUAUCUAG